GCAAUGCUAGACUUAAAACAGUCAUUUUGAGCUUGAUUCAACAAGGAUAAUUUACACAAAAUGAAACACUAGAGUUAUACUUCCUAGGARUCUAAAAUCAUUUUSAAAAUGGCUAGUUAUCUUCGUGGUCUGUGGCCGCAGAGGGCCAAUCAAGAUCAGCCUAUAAGAAACAAUUUAGGUGAGAUCGGCAAGUUUUACUGAUAGAGCGCCAAGAGGAAGAAAGGAGGAGGUAAUCUGUGCUACUCACGCUCGAGGCAACACUAGAAGAGAGUGAAUAUUACUACGAUACUAAGAUGUUCAAAUCUACUAAAGUAGCCAACGAGCUGGAGCUCUUAGAAAUGGAGAUGAUGGAACGCGGAGUUCAACAAGGAUUACAAGAUCCCUCGCAAAACCCUCACGAUAUGAAGAAAGCGAAGGAAAAGGACAAGGCUUACAGACGUAGCUAUACUCACGCUAAACCGCCAUAUUCUUAUAUAUCUCUCAUCACGAUGGCCAUACAACAGAGUCCCAAUAAGAUGUUGACGCUAAGUGAAAUUUACCAGUUUAUUAUGGACUUAUUUCCAUACUACAGACAAAAUCAACAACGAUGGCAGAAUUCUAUUCGGCAUAGUUUGUCGUUCAAUGAUUGCUUCGUCAAAGUACCUCGUUCUCCAGACAGACCAGGAAAAGGUAGUUACUGGACACUACAUCCAGACUGUGGCAACAUGUUUGAGAACGGCUGCUACCUACGAAGACAGAAACGCUUCAAAGCCGAGAAGAAGCCUGACCUUAGCCACCUAACCAAAGUAAGUAGUAUGGUGCAUAAUCCAAUCAGUGUACAAAGUAUGUCUAAAGUAGCACAACCUCGCUCACUGGGGACUCCUAGCUACCUACCUCCAUCGCCGUAUGGUACAGCCAUGGGAAUGGGAUAUACUGGAGGCAUGGGCGGCAUGGGACCGGUCGGUAUGGGAAUGGCCGUCAACAAAUCAUUCAAUCAUCCAUUCGCCAUUAAGAAUAUCAUCGCCAAUGACCACGAAGCAGAUCUACGAGGCUUUGAAUCUAUGCACUUCAGUGCUUACCACCCUGCUGCGUUGUCUCAAUCCAUGGGGUCCCCAAUGGGACUUGCUAAAUCCGCAUACGAUUCACAACCGAUAUCCACGGACUCGAACCCAUACUACCAAGGCUGUGUGUUUACAGCGGCGAAUUGCACAGGAAUAUCUGGUAUUUCUAACCUUUCAUGAACAUGGUUGAACCGAACUAUUCAAAUGUGACCUURCUCAUAAACUCGCUUUUACGUGUACAUAAAUAUAAUUCAAAUUACAACAACCAGCGUAUUUUUAAUAUAUGGUUCUUAUGAUUUGAGAUAGUUGAUCUACUUUUAGCCAAUUUCGAGAUGUACAGCGCAUCAAGAAAACUCAAGAUAAAUUUAUUAUUAUUGUAAGUAUAAAGUAUAGAAUGAAGAUAAAAAUUCAAGUGAUUAUAAAGUAUUUUGAAGAACAUAAAUCUUCUCAAAUCAAAAUAUUUUUAAAUACAAUCAAAGAAAUGUGAUUUUAGUUAACGUUCCAUAAGUUUAGGGUAUCUGCCGGGCGGAUUAAGUAUGUAUUUGUAGUACACAUUCAUCGCGCUACACAUCGAUUCCAUUAUACAUAGAUACUGGAUAUAGAUAGUCACGAAGCGAGUGUAGUGUCAUCGCAGUAUUUAUCACCGUGUUUAUUUAUAUUAGCUAGGGAAGGUUUUUUGUAAAUUUACAGUCAUGUCUAAAUUCAUGUUUGUUAGUUCAAGAAAAAUAAAUUUUUAACGAAUCAA